CUCCCUGACCCCAGUGGCAGUCCUUACUCACUGCACUGCUCAGCUCUCUUCCUUCUUCUCUCUCUGUCUCUCUCUCCAGUCCAGAUCGAGGCUGCUUUUGCUCUUUGUCUUCUUCUGUCUGUCUGUCUGUGUCUGCCUCUCAUUUCCACUCCAGGGACCCUUGAGGGUCGAAGGUUCUGCCCAGCCUUUGCACCAGCCGUCCACCUUUGGCAAAGCCUUUCCUCGCUCUUUCGCUCUCUCCUCGGCACCAUCCUCCCCUCAUGGAUCGGCUCUUUCCCCAGCACUGAAGGCAUCCCUAGGAAUACACAACAACAUCCAGGAAAAUAAAAAAGAGGGAGAGAAGGUAAAUCAUCCGCCCCGGCCAGAGAGAAGAGAAGAGGGAUCAAAUGGAAGAAGGAAAAGAAGUCUACAGAGUUCAUGAGGAGACAUUUGUGUUCUGAAGUUGGCUGAAACACAAUGCCCACCCCCGUCAUUUGUUUUGGAAAGCUGUAAGUUGCUCAUGUCUAUAAAGAGGAAGGAUGGCUCAUGGAAUUCCUUCACAAGGCAAAGUUACUAUUUCAGUGGAUGAAUACAGCUCAAAUCCAACCCAGGCAUUCACACACUACAACAUUAACCAGAGUAGGUUCCAGCCUCCACAUGUACACAUGGUCGACCCUAUUCCAUACGACACCCCGAAACCAGCAGGCCACACGCGGUUUGUCUGCAUCUCAGACACACACUCCAGAACAGAUGGAAUCCAGAUGCCUUAUGGGGACAUCUUGCUUCAUACAGGCGAUUUCACUGAGUUGGGGCUGCCUUCUGAGGUUAAGAAGUUUAAUGACUGGUUAGCCUCUGUCCUUUCUGAAAAGCUGCACCAAAGGGCUGGAGGACCUUUAAACAGAAAGAGUAAUAUAGGAAAUUUGCCAUAUGAAUACAAAAUAGUGAUUGCUGGGAAUCAUGAACUGACAUUUGAUAAAGAAUUCAUGGCAGACCUUGUUAAACAGGAUUACUACCGUUUUCCCUCUGUGUCCAAAUUGAAACCAGAGGACUUUGACAAUGUUCAGUCACUUCUGACAAACAGUAUUUACUUGCAAGACUCUGAAGUAACAGUCAAAGGAUUCCGUGUAUAUGGCGCCCCUUGGACACCAUGGUUUAAUGGAUGGGGCUUUAACCUACCCAGAGGUCAAUCACUGUUGGACAAGUGGAACCUUAUUCCUGAAGGCAUUGAUAUAUUAAUGACUCAUGGACCUCCUCUUGGUUUUCGAGACUGGGUUCCAAAGGAGCUGCAAAGAGUUGGCUGUGUGGAACUGUUAAACACAGUACAAAGGCGAGUAAGGCCCAAACUCCAUGUCUUUGGUGGAAUCCACGAAGGUUAUGGCAUUAUGACAGACGGUUACACAACGUACAUUAAUGCCUCAACAUGUACAGUCAGCUUUCAGCCAACCAACCCACCAAUUAUAUUUGACCUUCCAACCCCACAAGGAUCGUGAAGCACUACUGGAGUGGGGGAAGGUCUAUAAACUGCCAUUUUUCUAAUUAAAAAACAUCAAUUCUCUUAACAUGUUUCUUUACAAAUGAUGUGGGGCUUUUUUUGUAAAUUGUUGGUACAAAAAAAUAGAGGUUGUGCUUUUUUGGAAAUGCAGCAUCCAUUUGAAAUUGAUAAACCAUUGUGAAUUUGUAAAAUGAAGUUUUAUGUUUUCUUAAUUAACUUGCCAUUGUAAAUUGUUAGUGUUCUCAAAAGGACAGCCAAGCUUUCUUUUAAUGAGUGAGACACCUUAUUUUAAUAUUAUUAAAUAAGAUUUUAAAAGGCAGUGUUUAAAAAAAACCCAAAUUUGCACAACUGUUGUUUGAUUUUUAAAAUAAAUAUUUCUAAUGAUAAAAUGCCACCCUCUCCUCUUCUUUCAUUUUUAUUAUUACACAUAAGUUUUCUGACCCAGAGUUUUGUAUAUGCUCCUUCGCAAAUAUGGGCCAUAAUCCAACAGACAGUAAGAUGUGCUUAUGCCAGUUGAAGUAAAAGGGCUAAAGCACGCCUAACACUGUGUUGGAUUGUUAUUAAGGCGCCAUUACACAGGACUUCCCUUUCAUUUCAACAGAUCACUGAUCUAGACUUAAGUGCAUGGAUCAGGUCUCUCCAUUGAAAAGAAUGAAGAAACCAUUAUUGGUUAAGAAAACACUCAGCCUAUUAGAGCUCCUGUGCUCACAACAGACAGCUAGAUCACAUGAUAGUCUAUUUGUCCACUGAUAUAUAUGUAUACUGUAAUUUCUUGCCUAUUAAAUGGUAAUGUAUCAGUGAAGGGAAAAUAGCCUUUUAGUUUAGUUUGUCUCUGCCUGCUUUAAUGAACAAUUAGAUAGCAGCAUCUUGUAUGUGAUUAUCUAAAUUGUCACUGUUUGGGUUUCUUAAAUUAUUUUGGCUUUAAAAAUACGGGGAUGAAAACUGCAAUGAGCAGGUGUUCCAUGCAGUAAAAACAUGUAAAUGCGGACUCCUUUUAAAUAUGGAUUUUAUAUAUAUUUUUUGUGCAUUAUAACUAAGCUAGGCAUUUAAUGUUGCCAGUGUAGCAUCUGCAAAUUUAUGGUGUACAGCACAUCUAAAUUAUGAAGGAUGUGACACAUUUUUUCUCGCCAAGUGCUCAAGGCUUUCAGGAGCUUGAGUUUAAAAUCUUUGUGCAGUUUCAGGCAUGUAUAGAAUCAAAUGAAUACAAUCAAGCCUAACUAAAAUAAGGCUUUGUUGUCCUUUUAUUUAAAUAUUCUUGAAUUGUCUUUCCAUUUCUUUUUUCCCUUAUUUUGCACUGUGUGUAAAUGCAAUCUUGCUAGCACAAAAUAUUGUUGCAAAUAGUUAUUUCUGUUCUACCACUGUAAAUGCUAUUGAGCUUUAUUCUGUUUAUGUUAUCUUAAUGGAAUUUAGGAAAGCAGUUGUUUCUUUAAAUUUAUUGCGAUAUUAUAUAUC